AUGGCGGAUUGGCAACAAAUCGCUCGCAAGCACUGCGAGGAGCAAAAGAAGAAGAUACCGUUGGAUUGGCUCUUGGAUAAUGAGAAGUUAGAACAGCUUCGCGGCGCCGGCACCGCACAGGAGGGCCACCUCAUCGAUCUCCAAGCAGCCAAGAAUUCAGGCAUUUUAGACAGCAACGAAAUCGACAUCACCGAGAACUACACUGCCCGUGAGCUCGUGAAGAACAUUCGCCUAGGAGCACUCAGCGCAGAGAGAGUGGCAACGGCGUAUUGCAAGCGAGCAGCCGUUGCUCAGCAGUUGUCUCCGGAGACCUGCGAUUCCGAGAACAACAUCUUCGGCCGAACCCUCAACCCGCACAGUACAAAGUUGACAGCUGGCGGCUCUAGUGGAGGCGAGGGAGCGCUUGUAGCGUUCCGCGGAUCACCCCUGGGCAUCGGUAGCGAUCUGGCCGGUUCUGUACGCAUCCCAGCUUUCUGCUGCGGCGUGUACGGCUUCAAGCCAACCGUGGAUCGUAUACCGUUCGCGGGGCAGUCUCUGUCUCCGUGGCCCAUGAAUUGGAUGUCCGCUGUGAUGCCCGCUCUAGGUCCAUUGGCCAACUCCGCCGACGACUUGUCGCUCCUCAUGGAGGUCGUUACCAAGCUUAACCCGUGGAAGUACGAUGGUAGUGCGAUCGAUCUCUCCUGGAGAACCCUAGUCGAGCCUCGAUCGAAACCACUUACGAUCGGGAUCUUGCCUGAAGAUCCCGAAUAUACUCUACAUCCUCCUAUACGCAGGAGCCUAGCUGAAGCAGCGUCCGCUCUUGAGGAAGCUGGUCACAAAGUCGUCCAUCUUGCAACGGAUGCGAAGCGUAGCGCGGCUCUCGGUGCAAGAAUCUCGUACCAAUACUUCAGCAUCUCAGCACCAGCUGUUACUGACUUUGGAGAGCCUUUUGUUGCCUCUGUUGCCAAAGGAAUGCAUCCCUUCUCUACUGGAGACUUCCCUGUGGACCCAAAGCUGGACAUUCCAAGCCAGUUUUCGGGACUGAACAGGGCUCGCGCAGCUUACGCCCAGUCAUGGAGCCAAAUCUGGCAAGAGCACGAUCUCGACAUUGUAUUAGCUCCUGGAGCAUCCUGCACUGCCGUCCCACACGACACCUUUGGCCUCCCCGUGUAUACAGUCAUGUGGAGUUUGAUUGACUUCCCUGCAGCAGUCAUUCCCUUUGGCACUGCGUCCGCGACGCGAGACUCUGAGCCACAGAAGGCCAUCGCGGAUUUUGUACCUGAUUUGCAGAUUAUUGCGCCGAGGUUCCGCGAUGAAGAAUGUCUGGAGGCCGUUGGCAUCAUUGACAAGAUUCUCAAUACUCGUACUCGACAUUGA